CAUAAAUACGUCCAUUUCUUAUGCAGCUUGCACGCGAACACCCCAUAUUUCCACUUGCACAAAGUUCCUUUUACCAUGAAUACGUCCACUUGACGGUUGCAGACGUUGAUGGAGUGUCAGGACGUCGGGUUCCGCCUGGCCGACGAGAUCUACGCUAAGACGACCUUCUUCACGGCCUACAGACCCUCCCUCCGGAUCGGGCAAAUGCUCCAACUGAACGGCAAAGACGUGAUCGAACCGCCGACCACAAUGCCCAUCGGCUUCCCGCUAGGUGACGACCUCACGCCCGAUUCCCCGCGGAUUAUGCCCUUCGUCGAGGACCUGGACCCUCUUCACCACGAGAUCGACGUCUUCGUCGCCAACGGCUGCCUUCCCGAUGACGGCGGUGCCGUCGCUGCGCUUCGGGAGUACGUCACAUGUAACGACGUCAUGCUCUGCAUCUUCGCCGACCCCGCGCACACCGUCAAUGAUCUGCUCCCGGUUGUUGGAGGAGCUUUGGACAGGGUGAGGAGGAUUCACGGAGAGCAGCACAAGUGGAGUGGCAGGCUCCGCCGCAGCUUUCAGAGCCGCAAGGGGAUGCCCCCCGAGGACCGGACCCCUCCCAUCCAGGAGCUGAAGAAAUUCGUGAAGCUGAUGAUGAACAAACUCCUGGACCCGUGCACCCUCCUCGCACACACCUCCACCCCGCAGGAACGAACCACCAUCAACAACACCUGCAGGUCGUUCUGCAACUUCAUCAGCCUGGCAGUGGACCUCCUGGGCACCUGCUCCGUCCGCGACUGCACGAGCAUCAAGGACGGCGUUUGCGACCGCCGCGGCGUCUGCAUCUGCGGCCGGACGCUCGGGAUGACGUCUAACCCGAUCUGCCGACGCCCGGUCAAACUCCUCUUCUGUAACAAUCGCUUCAGGUUGAAGAUGAACAGGGUCGAGUACGACAGGUCGCCGAAGAAGGACCGACAACCGUUUUCACCUGUACCGGAGGAGGCGCCUUUGUCUCUCGGGCAUUUUAGUCAUAUUAACCCCAUGCAGUGGGCGGUGAUGAUGAGAGGCAAUCGGAAUAGGACACCGAGUCGUAGCCAGUCUCCGAGCUCUGGGAAAAGCUCGGGUGGUAGCUCUGGCCCUAGCGCUGGCAGUAGCCCAAGUGUUAGUGAUAGCCCUGGUGCGAAGGAUACACACUGUUAA